UUAAUGUUGAAUGACUUCAAAAGAAUCAUGGCUUUCCACAAGGUUUCUAAACAUUUACAACACAUUAACGCUUUUCAAGUGUUAGAAGAUCACAAACCUGCCUAUCAUUUUCAACCCAAGCACCAUUGGAUCAACGAUCCCAAUGCACCAAUGUAUUACAAGGGAUUGUAUCAUUUGUUCUACCAACAUAAUCCAAAAGGUUCUGUUUGGGGUAACAUUGUGUGGGCUCACUCGGUAUCAAAAGACCUAAUCAACUGGACCCCACUAGAUCCAGCAAUCGAACCAACAAAACCAUUUGAUAAGUUUGGUUGUUGGUCUGGAUCUGCCACAAUCCUUACUGAUAACAAGCCGAUCAUACUGUACACUGGGAUGACAAAAGAGAAACCAGAACCAGGUUAUCAAGUCCAAAACUAUGCAAUACCCGAAAACUAUUCAGACCCGUACCUAACAAAAUGGAUCAAACCUGAUAGCAAUCCCAUCAUAAAGCCAACCAAAGAGAACGUGUCCGCAUUUCGUGACCCGACAACAGCUUGGAAGAUCAAUGACCAGUGGGAAAUGACCAUCGGUAGUAAGGUGGAUAUGCUAGGCAUAUCAUACUUGUAUCGAAGCAAAGAUUUCAUUAACUGGACUUUGGUUGACCACCCUCUACACCAAAAAGAGAACGAGGGGAUGUGGGAAUGCCCUGAUUUUUACCCGGUAUCCACUAAGGGAGAAAAAGGGUUGGACACUACAGUAAUAGAUGGUGAUAUCAAACAUGUUUUUAAAGUAAGUCUUGACCUUACCAAAUAUGAUUACUAUACAAUUGGAAAAUACGAUACAAAGCAAGAUAAAUACAUCCCGGAUAAAGGAAUGGUUGAUAGUUGGGCUGGUUUAAGAUACGAUUGGGGAAACUUUUAUGCUUCGAAGACGUUCUUUGACCCUGUGAAGAAGCGAAGGAUAAUUUGGGGUUGGGCUAAUGAAUCUAGCACUGAAGACGAAAAUGUCAAGAAAGGAUGGGCUGGAAUUCUGUUGAUUCCACGAACUGUUUGGUUAGACCCAUCUGGAAAGCAAUUACUACAAUGGCCGGUUGUUGAACUAGAAACACUAAGACAUAAAAAUGUUCAACUAACUGAUAAGGAGCUCAAGAAGGGAGAUAUAGUUGAAGUUGCAGGAAUUAAUGUUGCUCAGGUGGAUGUCGACGUGCUUUUUAAGUUCUCGAAUUUGGAUAAAGCAGAGGAGUAUAAUACUGAAUGGGAUAAAACAUUCCCGCCAGAAAUGCUUGCAAAAAACAUAUGUCAAGUCAUGGGUACGACCCAGCAAGGCGGGUUAGGACCAUUUGGUCUUCUAGCAUUGACAUCCAAGGACUUUAAAGAAUACACUCCCAUCUUUUUUAGGAUCUUCAAAACUCCUAACACCAAGCAUAAAGUUCUCAUGUGCUCAGAUGCUAUGCCGUCAACAUUGAACCUAAACGAGUAUAGGCCAUCAUAUGGAGGAUUUGUGGAUGUAGAUACUACCGAAAACAAGAUUUCUCUUCGGAGUUUGAUUGACCAUUCGGUUGUGGAAAGCUUUGCAGCAGGGGGGAAGACUGUAAUGACAUCUAGGGUUUACCCGACAUUAGCAAUUGGCGAUAAAGCCCAUUUGCAUGUAUUUAACAAUGGUACUGAAAUUGUUAUAGUUGAGAGACUUGAUGCUUGGUCCAUGACGAAACCUAAAAUGAACUAA